AUGCUAAACAACAUAAAAUUUGAAUUCGUGUGAAAAAUAUACAUUACUUCUUGUGAUAAUGUAACUAGUUAAGCUUUUUGUUUAAGUUUGAUAUCUGCUUGUAAAUGGAGUUACGUUUUUAAUUUAUGUUUUCCAUUUCAAUGUUAAGAUUACAAUUAUGAAGAGUAAUGUAAAAAUGUCUUGAUUUAUCUUUUUGAUCACCAAAGUAGAGCUGUGUGUGGGUAAAAUAGUAAAUGUUUGCCAUUUGUAGAAACCUAUUAUAGAUUUGAUGCAGGCAUUUGUUAUAUAACAAUUCUUAUCGCACAUAUAGAUGGAUUAAUGAAGAUAAAUAUGGUCUUCGAUGUUAGUGUUGUUUUUAAUAAUUAUUGA